AUGCCGCUGCCCAACGGCUUUACAGCAAUCAAAGACAUCACAAAUGUCGACUCGCUCGUCAGCAUCAUAGGUGUCCUUGUAAGUUACGGUGAGCCAAAGAGCACCAGAGGAACAGAUUUUUCUCUGGAUUUCACCCUCCAAGAUGACUUCUCGUCUGGAUCCAUUGGCGAUCAAUCCACCAUCAGCUGUCGGAUUUUCAGGCCCAAGGAUAGAUUUCCCAAAAUAUCUGGUAUCGGCGACGUCAUAAUCAUUCGAAAAUUCAAUGUCAAAGACUGGCAAGGUCACAUUGAAUGUAUUGGUUACAAGACCGUUGCCAUGAUUGUCUUCCCAGGUGCCAAGAUCCCCAGCCCAAGCCAGAGGCAGCCCUAUCAGUGUGGCAAGCAGAAACUCAUGUGUGAUUCGACCGGAAUUGGCCAGCCCCCAACAAUUGCUGAGCAAAUGGCUGUUAUAGAUUUGAAAGCUGCCUCGACUGGCGUUUCAGAACAGCUGCAACAGCAUGCCACCAUUACUGCAUCCAAACUCAAAUCAUCUAGGAAGCUAUGCCUGGUCAAAGACUUGCAAUUCAAUACUUUCUACGAUGUUUGCGUGCAAAUUGUCCACAUCUAUUGGCACUUCGGGGGCGGCCAAGUAGAUAUGAAGGUAACAGACUACACGCCCAACGAGCACAUGCACUAUUUCCCUGAUCCGGAAGAAGGAACUACUUGGAACCACCUCUCGGACAAAGGCUUCAAGGGACCGUAUGGCUAUCUCACUCUGAGUGUGACCCUAUACGAGUCGAACGCAGCAUGGGUUCAGGAAAAUGCGGCCGUCGGCGACUAUGUCUACCUCCGGAACAUGCAUGUCAGAAUGUCAACAGCUGGUCGACUCGAGGGCGUGGUACAUCAAGACAAGGAUAGACCCAAUCAAGUGGACAUUCGCCAAUUGAAAUCCGCGCCUGAAAUUGAAGCCAUCGACAAACGACGACAAGAAUACGAGAAGAAACGUGGUGUUAAAACAGCAUUCGAAGUUAUGCAAAACCCUCCCAGCAAUCCUAAAGCAAAAACGGCAAAGGAAAAGAGGCAAGCAAAGAAGGAAAUACAAAAGGCAGAAAAGGAAGCCGAGCUACAAGAAAUAGCAGAGAAGCAGCGUGAAUGGGAAUUACAGCAGAGCAGUAUCAACAAGAAUAUUCGAGCCGCCUUUCCCGAAAUGAAGCUAUCGACAAUCUCGGAAAUGUUGUACAACCCUCACCUCGAAAUGCGUACCCCUGAGAAAUACAACUUUUACACGCUUCCUUUUGUAAAUUGUAGACAUCGAUCCCGUGUACGCGUAGUCGACGUCUUCCCCCCAGAAAUUGAGCUUUUCACUCAUUCGAAUAGUGAUCUAAACUGGAACAGACAAGCAGCAAAACAGACAACUAGCAACGGGCAACAAAAAGAACGUUGGGAAUGGGGGUUUGCUCUGUUGCUUGAGGAUGCCAACAUACCCCGUGGCACAGUCUCUGAAAAGCUGACAGUCUUCGUGAAUAACGACAUGGGACAGUUUCUAUUGAAAACUCAGGCUGUCAAUCUCAAAGGCAACCACCGCGUGCUCAAGCUACUAGAAGAGAAGCUCUUCAUACUAUGGGGUAACUUGAUGGAGUUGAAGACAGAGCUGAGAGAUCGUGGCUCAGACCUUCCACUACCUCCGGGCGACAAUCGACUUCAGAACAAGCCUUUUGACGCAUGCAUAGAAGAGUAUGGUGCGGAAGUGCCUGUCACAAAAGACACACCGUUUGGGUACCAACGCAUGCACAGACUGGCACAGACUACCAUUCUGGAUUAA